CAAGUUUCGACUAAGCAAGUAAGCAUCGACAAAGAAAAGAAUCCACGUUUAAGAUUACAAAAAAGGAUUUUUUUUUUAAACGAACGUGGCUGCACGAAAAAUAGCCCAACAUAUAAAACUAAGUACAAAAAUGUGGUCGUGUGAACUCUGGUCGCGUCACCCUCUUUAUGGAAUAACUUAAUAAAAUACACACUCCGAUGCUGUCUAUAGCAGAUUUGAGGCCUGAGCCAGCCAUCAGCCCAUCACAACAAAGAGAUAUCCAAGUUUUGCUUGUGCUGGUGUCAGCACCAACCACAUGUCAUAUCAAUCACCUAUCGUCAGCAAUCUCCAAUCUCAUCACUUGGAUAACAGCAUCCCUUUUCUGGGUGAAAAUACCGAUGCCGAUCGAGUUCUUCCCCUUUCUUUAUGCCCUCGUGUAUGCCCAUGUGAGUGUAUUCACGAGGACCCCCUUUUUCCUAUCCCGCCUGCUGGAUUCAAUUCUUCAACGGAUGGAGCACCUGUGGAUGCCUAGCUGCAUUUCCCCGGUCAGUUUCCUGGCCGCAUCCACUCCCUCAUCGUCCGUUGGUUUCCCGUUUGGACGCCAAGCCAAGUCUUUCAUAUGUAGGGCGUGAAGAAUGGGUGGGUCGCUGUCCAUUGACCAAAUCUAUUCGAAUUUUCUCAGUUGUAAAAAAAUUGCCCGCUAGAGGGCAGUAGCGAUGGCAAAAUGACGUAAUAAUAUUAGUAUUUGAACGCUCUCCAAAUAAUAGGAUAGAAAUCAGUUGAGCGAGCAUCUCCGACAUUUCAAUAACAACUGCAGUGCUUCAUUUAUCACCAACUGCCUUUUUCACCGUAUUACAUCAGUUUUUAACGUUUUUUGUGCCCGAUCAAAGUCAUCCACACCAUCAUUGCCUUCCCCAUUUGAGUCUUUCUCACGACACGAGUCCCGUUGUAUCAAAAUGUCAACUGAAGUGAAUCCCAGUACCGAGUACUUCAACCACAAACACAGAAUUGUUGAGGUGAAUGUUGAGUUGCAGAAGGCCAAGAAGGAACAUAACUUGCUGAAGCGAACCUUCAAAAUUGAAUCAUCCCUUGUACAAGCCAACAUGAGCAUUGAAGAUAUAGUUGAUGGUAUCAACAAUGGUGAUGAAAACGAGGAGUUUACUGCCACCCAUGCUGUCACAAUCCUCACCAGGAAUUUUUAUCCGGUCAUUGACAAUCUCAUCAAUGCCAAUGUUGUUCCCAAGCUUGUGGAAUUCCUGAGUCGCGAUAGCAACCCUGAUCUUCAGUUAGAGUCAGCCUGGGCUCUCGCCCAUAUUGCAUCAGGCACAUCUGAUCAGAUUGAAGCUGUCGUCAGUGCUGGGGCUGUUGCCGGUUUCAUUUCUUUGUUGGGUUCGCCACAUCCAGUAUUGGCCGAGAUAGCUGUCUGGACUCUUGGGAACAUUGCCAGAAACGACCUAGAGCUAACAAACCAUGUAAUUGAGCAAGGCAUUAUUGAGCCCUUGCUAAUCUUCAUUAGUAAACCUGACACUUCAGCCACAUUAUUGCGCAGCGUCACUUGUACUCUGUCCAAGAUGUGUAGUAGUAUUGAAUAUGAUCAUCCGAAUUGGUGCAUGGAAGAAGGACCCACUUUCCCUGGACUCCAACAGCUUCUUCCAGCCCUGGCUCACCUUAUCCAAAACAACGACGGGGAGAUUCUCGCCGACACUUGCGAGGCUCUGUCAAGUAUCGUUUUCGAAUGCAACGAACAAAGAGCCCAAGAAGUUGCCGACGCCGGUGUCCUCCCUCGCCUCGUCGCUUUGUUGGACCGCCAUGAAGUGGCUAUCAUCAACCCCGCUCUACAAACCAUCGCUGAUGUAUUAUCCGCUUCAGAUCAGGCUAAGGUCAUCAUCAGUGCUGGGGGUGUCGCCAAGUUGACAUCUUUGUUGGAGCCACGUCAUCCAGAUGUGGCCGAAGAAGAUCAUGUUCCGUUGGUCGGUUACAUUUUUCGCCACUUGUGUCGUUACCUGAACCCCACUGACCCUACAGUCCAACAGCUUCUUCCCGCCCUGUUCCACCUUAUCUACAAAAACGACAAGCAUGUUCUCCCUAGCGCUUGCAUGGCUCUAUGUUACCUCACUGUAACGAACGAUGUCGUCAAAGAAGUUGUUGACGCCGGAGUCGUCCCUCGGCUCGUUACUUUGUUGGACAACAAUGAUGCUAGUGUCAGCUUCCCAGCUCUGAGGACAAUCGGCAACAUUGUCACAGGCAUUCAAACCAUGGUUGCUGGUGCCUACCCUUUGCUGGCCAAGUUGCUUAUUGUUAAUUCGUCGACGAAAACCUUCUGGUAUGAGGCGACCGUAUUCGCAUCCCAGAUUGCUGACUGCAAUGCCGCUCAGACCCAAGAUCUCAUAACCAGCAACGUUAUUCUUCCUUUGGUUGACGUUCUGAGCCAAGGCGACUUCAAACGCCAAAAGGAAACAGCUUUGGUUAUCAGCAACAUCACUUUGGGUAGCAAUGUCGUUAAGACCGCUAUGUUGUUUCAGUUUGAAUUCGCUUCGCUGUGCACUUUGAUGUGCAUUUUACUGUGCACUCUGUUGUGCACUUUGCUGAAGGCCACGGAACCCAAGACUAUCGUGGUCGUGUUGGAUGGCUUGGCUCUAAUUUUGGAGGCUUCCAAGAAAAUGGGCGAUCUGGAAAAAGUUUCCCUUCACGUCAAUAAAUGUGGUGGCUUGGAUUGCAUCAAAGCAUUGAAGAGCAACGAAAAUGUUGAAAUUCAUCACAAGUCGCUGGCCAUUCUGGAAAGAUACUUCCCCACUGACUUGUCCGAGGAUGUCCCAUCAUGAAGAAUCCAAGUUGGCGUCAUCUACUUCGUAGAGUCUAGAGUGGCAAUUACGAAUUCAAUAACCAGCCAUCUCAAUCCCCCUAAAGAGGUUUCUUAUCCUAAAUGUUUUAAUAUAAUAAUCUCAAAUUCUUUUUCUACUUUUUCCACGGUCAAUUUAUAUACAUAUUCACUUCCUUCAACGCUAUCCUAUUCAUGAGUAUUGGCUUUUUCUAUAAAGUUUAUUUUCCAAAUUGUUAUUUAAUUGAAGGCUGCCUUUUGCUAUCAUUUUUGUCCAUGCGCGUCUUCUUUCCUCUUUCUCAAUGCGCAUUAUAAUAAAAACAACUCGAUCAACUGUA